UUCAAAAAGCCCAAGUGAAUCUUUUUUUUUUUUACACUGCCCUCCUUUCUCUCUCGCUCUCUCUACCUCUGCCUCUCUCACACAUAACCUCUCUGUCACACUCUCUCGCACGUAAACUCUCUCUCUCUCCUUCCCUCUCAAAGGUCUCCUCUUUUUCACUUUCUCUCUCAGUCCCUCACUUCUGAGCACUGGCCUGCCACAUACCUGCCCCAAAAAGAUAAAUAACUAAAAAAGGCAGCCCAGCCGAAGAGACAGACUGACUGACGCCUGACAGACAGUGGGACGGACUGCGAGCAAUGCGGUGCGCGAGGCUCCUGGUGACGGCGCUGCUUUUGGGACUGGCCACCUCGGCGCGGGGCGCCCCCGGCCAGUGCCCGAGCCCCUGCCAUUGCCACGGCGACCUGCAGCACGUCAUCUGCGACAGCGUGGGCCUGAAGAAGGUGCCGCGCGUGUCGGAGAGCACCCGCCUGCUCAACAUGCAGCGCAACAGCCUGGGCGGCCUGCCCGCCGGCUCCUUCAGCGACAUGAAGGGCCUGGUCUCGCUCCACCUGCAGCACUGCCAGCUGCGCGAGAUCUCCGGCCAGGCCUUCAAGGGCCUGAAGAAGCUCAUUUACCUCUACCUGUCCAACAACGAGAUCGUCACCAUCAAGCCGGGGGCCUUCGAGGACCUGACCGAGCUCACCUACCUCUACCUGGACCACAACCGCAUCGGCGACCUGGCCAAGGGCCUCUUCGCGCCCAUGAUCAACCUCUUCAUCCUGCAGCUCAGCGACAACAGGAUCCGCGAGCUGCGGCCGGGCGCCUUCGCCGGGGCCAAGGACCUGCGCUGGCUGCACCUGAGCGGGAACGAGAUGAGCGCGCUGCAGCCCGGCUCCCUGGACGAGGUGGAGAACCUGGCCGGGCUGCACCUGGACCGCAACCGGCUGCCCGCCUACCCCGCGGCCGCCAUGAGCAAGCUGAGGGUGGUGGAGGAGCUGGUGCUCUCCAGGAACCCCAUGAAGACCAUCCCCGACCUGGCCUUCCAGAGCUUCGGACGCUACAUGGAGAAGCUGCGCCUGGACAACAUGGGCUUGGAGAAGUUUUCAGACGGCGCCUUCACCGGGGUGACGGCUCUCAAGUCCCUGCACAUCGAGAGCAACAAGCUCAGGAGCCUCCCACGCAGCCUGGAGUUCAGCACCCUGCAGAACGUCACCAUGUCCGGCAACCCCUGGAACUGCAACUGCGUGCUGGCCCCACUGCGCAGGUGAGGAGACACACA